GCGUCCGGGAUAAAAUAAUCUCCGAGAUUAAUUUUACGUAUUCAUCUCCAUUUAAUUUUCUACCCCCGCGGUAGAAACCCGCCCCCCCCCUCCCCCCUCCCCGCCCCUCCGGCCCCGCGAAUGGGACUAUUGGGGGGAGUGAAUGCCACGAGACACGAAAAAGCAUUGACGACUGUCAUUUGGCUGAAUGCAUUAGCAAGUCCGUGGUAAAUUGGACCUGUAAUUUGAAUAAUUCGAUUAGUCCGUGUAACACGUGAUGCGUAUGAAUAACAAAAAGGAGAGAGAGUGUGAGGAAUUUUGAUGGAAUCGUUUAAUCUGGGUCUCCGGGGCAUCAUGUGGGUCGAGUGAGAGAAUUUAAUGCCGGUUUGGUAUUAUCAUAAUUUGAUGGAUGAGUCGAGUAAUUUUAAGUGACUUUAUGUGCAUUUUUUUAUUCUGUUUGGUAUGGGAUUAGGCGGGGUACCGCUCGCGGAGUGAGAGUAAUUUUGGUGAAAAUUGUUGGGGAAUUUUUUUGACAAAAUGCUGGACAAUGAGAGCAGUGGAGUGCCUACGCAAGUGCCGAAUCCACACGUGCCGCAGGAUUUCACGGUGUCGAGGCUGUUAUCGACACCCACCCACAGUCUUGACUGCAGUGACGCGAGUGGAGGGGGCAGACGACCCAGGAGGAGCAGAACGACGUUUUCUGCACAGCAAUUGGCAGCUCUCGAGAGAGUUUUCGAGAGGACACAUUAUCCCGAUGCUUUUGUUAGGGAGGAACUCGCGACUAGGGUGGCGCUAUCUGAAGCAAGGGUGCAGGUUUGGUUUCAAAAUCGUCGAGCUAAAUUCCGUAGAAAUGAGAGGAGCUCCGCCCUGAACAGAGGUGCCUCAUCGACACGUGAAAUUGAGACAACUCUACCGUUGAGACCCAUCAGAAUUGCCCACACCCACGAGACCAACUCCGAGCCACUGCAGUCUAGCCAAGUGCCUCAGUAUCCCUACGGUGAUUACUGGCGAUCGUCCCAGCCUUAUGGGGCUGUUCAGACAUCCGCGAGUUGUCACGGCUUUGUUAACGGCAAUCUUGGUGCUACGGGAUUCAGUUCUUAUCAUCAGGCUGACGUCCACAGUGGCAUCGAGGGCGGAAUUAAUGGAUUUAACGCACUGAGACUCAGGGGUCAUCCCUAUGGGACUGCUUACUCCGCCAUGCAUGCCAGUAUGUGACAGAAUAUUUUCGGAAAAUGUCGAGUGCCUUCUCAAUGCCAAAGAGAAUUUUGUAUUUAUGGAUAAGGAUUAGGAUUAGGUAUUUAAGUAUUGAGGAAGUCCCAACGAUUGGAAUCAAUUUUUUUGGUGAUGACGAAAUUGUGAAGUUCGGAUUGGGCGGUUAUCUCGGUAGGGAGUGAUUUUGAGAGGCAACAUCAUAAAACUUUUUUUGUAGGGAAUUCAAUUUCCGAAAGAAAAUGUCUUAUGACUUUUUGUCGUAAGACGUCUCAGUACUGGGAUAAUUAUCAAUUAGGAAACAGUUGAUGUGAAAUUUGGAUAGUGAUAAGAAUUUAGAUUAUUCUGGCCCUUGAUAAAUGCUUGAUUAUCUCGGUGGGGAUUGGAGAUAGGAAAAAAUUUCACAAGACAUUUUUUUAACUGAAGAAAUUCUCUACAAAAAAUGUUUUAUGACAUUUUUCUCUCGAACCACUCGCUAUUGAGAUAAUCCACUUUUUAAAAACCACAAAAAAGUUUUUUUCAGGAUUUUUUAUGGGAUUUUCUCAGAAAAAUACAGGGUAAUUAAUAAAUUAAAAAACAAAUUUAUAUCGAACAUUGAUUUUAUUAUCGUGGCCAGCGGCCCACGUAAAAAUUAUGAACUUUGUAAUUCAAUAAAAAGGAGAAGUGAAUUAACUCGUGUGAAUGAA